UUGUAUGAAUGGAAUUGUAUCGAUCUCGUUGCUCUCGUUGAAAAGCUCUACUGCAGGUCCAGCGUAGCGAUUCGUGUGAGCAACAAAUAAACUCACCUAAGUGCCCGCUGUUUGCAGUGCGGCUCUAUGUUAUCAUAAAUCGCCGUAUACUAUUACCGUUCUGACUCAUCAUUAACUCAACUUUGUUCAGUGGGAAUGGUCUCACUUCACACAAGCUUAACAUUAACCUUCUAAACUGGACCAACAGCUCUGCACAGCAAUUGUUUCUUCGGAACUUGAACGCCACUACGGCAUGAGAGAGCUAUGGCAGCCACACCACGGGCAUUUUUUUGCCUGUGGCAAGACGACACAAUUCGAGAGCAACUCUUCGAACUACUUCACAACGAGGACAUUUGCAAUGUACGACUCGCAUCUUCAGCGUGCUGCAACCUCGUUACGAAGCGCCUCUUCCUACGAACCCACCUGACCUUCACGGCCAACACCUUCACAAAACAAUCCAGAGUACAAGCCUUGUCACGUAUAGGACACCACAUUGAACAUUUGACUUUCUUCUUCCCGCACUCCGAUGCGACCUUUUUACCACCGCUCAUUCACCCCGAGACAGGGCGUGAGAUAAGCUUUUUAUAUACCCCUCACACUUCAAUGGCUUCGGUCCUGGCAAGGCCAAAGUUUGCCAAUACUGAACUGGGCGAUAUCCUGACCCAACAAUACCCGCCACUAUUUCAUGCGGCUUCGAACGUACCGUCGUUCAUCAACGCUAUGAAGCAUUUGCCAAAUAUGAGGCACAUGACCAUCAAAACCCCCGGACAAACCCCCAAGGAGAGAUACAGACGCGACAUAGUCGAUUAUGCUUUGAUUAGUCUUCGCAUUUCGCUAGAGAGGGCACCACUGAAAAAGCUCAUGAAGCUGUCCCUAUCAUCUAUACAUCCCUCUGCUUUCGCAUAUCUACGCCAUGUUCCUGGAUUUGGUUGCACACCCUCGGCAGGGCGUCGCUGGAAGCAAAUUCGCAAACUGCACAUAUCAGUGGAGUCCUGGGACUUCUAUGGCCCAUCUCCUGGUCUUGACCACCUGAAGGUGAUCGAUGACUAUAUCAGAAACUUCUCUGAGUGUUUGGAGAAGUUCACGUUCGCAUGGCUUGGUCGUAAGGGUCCCUGCCCCGUAUCAUUGGCAUCAGAUCCGCUGUUUGCACCGCCUCGCAAUACACAAAAGUUGUUCAAUGAGGUCACCUCCCCGAUGUCGCCGCUUCCUCCGACACCUGGCAGGAAGCCUAUCAGGUUCCGGAAGUUGAAGACUCUAUCAAUACGCAAUGCGACAAUGAACGCGCCACAAGUAGCUGAACUUGUCGCAGACCACCAGCACAGCGUGCGUGAGUUCGACUUUGAGAACGUCGUUCUCAUCAACGACGGCAGCUGGGACGAGGCCCUGUCUCCAUUGAUGGACGAUACGUCUCGUGGUGACCACUGGUCACGGCACUCAAUUGGUUCAACUGUUGGGUCAAUUGCGGAAACUACGAGCAUCCUUUCAGCGCCAGCUUCAAUUUAUGAAGAAGUUUCUUCUCCUUCAGCGGCUGUGGCGGCUCUCUCAGAAGAGUUGCUUUCGAUCGAUCUAGAAGAUCCCUUUGAGGGACCUGCAGAACCUAAGCAGGAGUAUCUCGAUGAUUACGACCUUCCGUCAGAUCUCGAGUCAGCGCGUCAAGCUAGCUUAUAUUCUGGCAAAGAGAAGACGAGGCGUCUUACCAAGCGUCGCCGCAGGAGGAGGCAUGAUCAUGAUUACCAGGAGGAAAAGAAUGUGCGGCGUCCAGAAACUCCACAGACACCUACUCCACGACCGCGCCACCACCGGUAUAUGUCCGAAGACAUCAUCAGUAAACAUUCUGAUAUGGAGUCCCGACCACAUUACCGCCGCCACAUGUCAGAGGAUACUAUCAGUCAACGAUCUGACACGGAGCGCCGACCACGUUACCGCCGCCAGAUGUCCGAGGAAACCAUCAGCCAGCGGUCUUACUUGGAGCCCCAGUCUCCUCCAGUUGAGCCUCCUCAACCUAUUCAUUACCGCUCUCGCUCAUUGCUAUAUGGCGAAAUGAACAGCAUUCGUUCGGCUGCAUCCAGCCAGCAACUCUUCGGCGAGGUGGAUAGCAUUCACUCCCCAUCCAGUCAGCGACUGCACUCCCCCUCUAGUCAACGGCUGCAUUCGUCUUCUAGCCAGCGACUGUUUGGUGAGAUAGACAGCGUGCACUCUGCUUCCAGCCAACGAUUGUGCAGUGAGAUAGAUAGUAUUCACUCUGGGUCAACCCACCGACUGUUUGGAGAAAUCGAGCCUGAGCCAGGCUUCAGUCACUCCCCUACUUCUGAAGCGGACUCGAUGGAUGAGUAUUUCCGACCGAUUACUCCCAUUCUUGAGUCAGAGCUGGAGAUUUCCGCCCCCAUCCUCAACACCCAGCCAUCCAUGCCAACCCUCCUUCAGGCAACGGUCUAUGACCCUACCGGCGGGUACUGCAACGAGAUCAGUGCAGUACAACGCGACCUUGAAGCAGAGGAAGCCCAGAGGGUCCUGGCAGAGAACCCGGACCUGCGCAAGUCCGCAUUAAGAAAGGGCAAAGAAGCCGUGUUGAACAGGCUACGCCAGCAGUUCGCUAGCAAGAAACAGACGAAGAAGGACUUGACUAUAUCACCAGAUGCCAUGGCAGCUAUGGGCGUCCGCUUCCAAGAACGCCUCUUUGGGAACAGCGGGUCGCCGGUUGCGGCAAAUUUCGACCACCGCCAAAGCAUGGAUGUACCUAUUUUAUUGAGUCCGUAAAUGAAAAAUAACGAAUUAUGAAUGAUGCAAAUCAACCGAACAUGGCCCAGUGAUAAUGUACUUUUGUAAGUGACUAUUUCGCGCCCGCACGCUUGUAGUAGCCCCGUGUCUCUUCGCUCAAAAGAAUGCGGUCUG